CGCACAGAGGGACGAAACGCGAAAAAAGUGGUCAGAAGGAGUAUUUUCCUAAGUGUGCCUUUUCAAACUUAUAUUGUUCAAGGAUUUAUUCCCUCUACCCAACAUGCAAAGCAGGAAGCCAAAGAAAGCACACCCGGAUGUCGACGAUGGAAAGUCAAACCUUUCGAUUUUGACUGAGUUGCUGAUGCACUGGGAGCAGAGUCUCGGCGGCGACCGACUCUCACUCUCUGGUCGCCUCUGGAACAGUCUUCGUGGCAACGCGUUCAGCGUUUCUGGAUCGUUGGGGCUCAUGGGAAUGGUGCUGAUGGCAGUGUACAUGAGGGGCAAACUGCAGGGCUCCCAGGGUCUCGUCGAGUCCAUCGUCGACAUGGUGUACGCGGUGUCCCUCUUCGGGAGCGCCACGGCCCAUCUCUUCUUUGUCAGGAACCGCAGCGUCGCACGGACCAUGCUUCAAAGACUCGUCAAGGUCGCCUCCCAGCUGCAAGCCCGGCAACGCAGUGCUGCCGAGGAGUGUAAAGGUCCCCCAGACCAGAACUGGGCUAAUCCCCGCAAGCCCAAGCACUGCUCUCUAAACAGCCUGAGGGCGGUGCCUGGACUUGCACAACACGGCCACCAUGUGAUUUUGGCUAUUUCUCCCAAACGGCUUGCUAUCCAACAGCGAGACAUUGUGUUGGGAGAAAAUGACCGGCUCAACUAUGAGGAACACUUGGUUGGAGAUGGGGGAUAUGUAUUGACUGAAUUUAUGCUGAUACCUUUGGCCAAUGAUGGUCACCUUACCCAGGACUAA